AUGGAGACCUACCCUACCUAUGCCGCUACCCACGGCCCUUCUGCCCCUGAUCACUUGGCAGGUGAGAUGGCCAUGGGUGCCAACACGAACCCACAUCUUUCUUGGGAGCGGUGGUGGCCGGCAGAUGCGUUAGCGUUGCCCGUCUCGUUUGAGGGGUUCGAUGCUAUGCAGAGCUACUGUCCUCAAGACGACGUCCAAUCCAGCGACUUCAGUCCCAACCAGUCCAUCGGUUUCUCGCCCGACUGGCCCAGCUUCUCGAAUACACAAGACUACCCCCUUCCACCGUCAAUAUCCGCGUCACCAUGCCCCGAGCAGUCAUCCACCACAUCCGAGAGCCGUCGCGGAUCAGUCUCGACUCAAUCUGAAAAGAGGAAGCGAAAACGAAGCACGAAGGAGCGCGUGACUGCCAAGUCCACCGGUCACGGCUCCGGUCGAAAGACAAAGCCACAACCCACGGAUCAAGAACGACCACAAGAAUCACAGAGCCGCAAGGUCCAGCUCACUGAGACCGAGUACGGCCCGUGUCCCCAACAAGCGACCGACGGAUACAGCAAACGCGUCCAGGAGAGGAACCGGGUGGCAUCCAAUAAGUUCCGCGUCAAGAAGAGAGAGGACGCGAGGAGGCUCAAAGCCGACGAGAAAGACAUGGAGCGCAUCAACCGUGACCUCUCGAGCUGCGUCGCCAACCUGACGUUCGAGGUGUACCAGCUCAAGAUACGACUCCUGCAGCACACCGACUGUGACUGCUCCCUCAUCCAGACCUACAUCGCCAACGAGGCAAAUCGCUACAUCAAAGAUCUAGACGACGAGAAUCAUCCUAGCCAUGAGUGA